AAACAACACAGCGCAGUAUAGUGCACAUUGCAGAAAGAUCAGCAGAAUGUGUGGUGAAAAAGAUAGCAGAGCAUAAUGAAGUUUGAAUUAACAAUAUUCUUUUCAUAAAAAGGAAACCUAAUUAUAAUAAUGGACAUAAGUUGUGAAAUGGAGCUUCCUUUCACUGAAUCCAGUUCAUUGACGGGGACUUCAUUUGAACAUUCAGCAUCUGAUCUACCAGUAAAACUCCUGGGAAGUUCAGAAGAUGUUGACCAUCUUCUUCAUGGAAACACAGACAAGCAUCUCAGUGCUGCAGAUUUUAAGUUAGAUCUUGGUGUGUCAAAUGAUUUAGUAUCUGACUUCGGAAUGUCAAACGAAAGUCUAAUGAUGCCUGAAGAACAAGCUGAAGAAUAUAGUAUAUCUGAUGCAGCUUUAGAGGGUGGAGUCAGGCCAGCUGUCACAUCAAGUAAUAUUGUUGCGAUGGAUAACAUUAAUUAUGUUCACUCCAUCCCUCUUAUAUCAACUUUAUCAGGUAUACAGACAGUUCAGGUUAUUCCAUUUGGAUACCUGAUUUCUGGUGCCAAACCAAAUACUAAUCAACAGACAGAAUCAACACAGGUUAAUAUCAAUAGUUUUAAUCAGUCAACACCAACACAAAUUCAGACUGUACAUAAUGCUGUUGUUAUUGGCAACCUCAUGAUGUUGAAGAAUUUGCCAGGGAAGGAUGUCAAUCAAAUUCAGAAUAGUAAUCAAGCAAAACAAGUUGAUACUGAUGUCCGAGCAACAGCAGAAAAAUGUGUAUCAAAAGUAAAGUCGUCAAAUAAUAAAACUUCAAAUGUUGAAAUGUCAAGACGAGUAGCAAAUAAAAAAAAUAUGGUUAACAACAGACUUCAUAUAAACCAAAGCACAAGUUUGCAGAAUAGAGUUCAAAGUUCACAGAAAAAUACAAAAAUUAAAAUCGAUGGGAAAACAAUUUCUUUGACUUUUGAAGUAAAAGAUGUAAGGUCAUGUGACCUGACUGAAUGGCAAACUGUUUCCCAAGAUAUUUCAACUUCCAAAGAAACUAAUGACAACUCAGUUUCUACAAGUACAGUUGAUAAGGAAGAGAAGCUUAUUCCUAUAGUAACCAAAUCUUCACCACAACUGCAAAUUUUUACAAAUGUGAAAGAUGCUUCUGAUAAUACAAAAUAUGUUUCACUUUUAAAUGGACAAAAUAAUUGUCUGACAUUAAAGAAAAAUGAAAAUUCCAUAGAAAAUAAAAUAAGAAGUACAGAAAUGGACAUUGAUAAAGAAUUUGUUGAAGAAUCAGAAACAACUAAAUGUACAGUAACAGCUGCUAAUUCAGAAAAUGUAGCCAAUGAAAGUAAAGACUCAAGUGAUACUACUAAAGAUAAAACAGAGGAAUUAGAGAAUGAGGUUUUGACUUUACUGGCAAAUGCAAGUAAGGAGAGAACAAGAGUUGAACAGGAACAAUCCAAAGGAAUUCCUGGGAGGAAGAAAUCUGGAAAGCCUUGUGGUAAUCUACCAACUAAUGAAGAGUUAUUUAAAUGUGAUAUAUGUGGUUUGGAAUUUAACAGGCAUGGUAAUUUUACCAGACACAAACUUAUACAUGAUGUUAGAUUUAAGGACCGUUACAAAUGUCCUGUAUGUGAAAGAAAGUUUCUACAACGAUGUGACUUAAAGCGACAUUUACUGAUACACUCAAACCAGGAACCAUAUAGGUGUCAAGAAUGUGGUAAAGGUUAUAUACGAAGGAGUGAUUUAGUAGUUCACAUGAGGUUUCACAAGAAAGAACGUGUAUUUUCCUGUCCUUAUUGUUCAGAUAAAAAGUUUUGCCAGUCAGGUGAUUUGAACAGACAUGUACGUAAUGUUCAUCUACACAGCAGUACCCACAAGUGUGGACAUUGUGAGCGUCAGUUCAGUAGAGAACCAGCUUUGAUACAACACGAGUACACAUGUCAUGGACUACCUCAGAACUCUAAGAAAAGAUCUAAGGUUGGAAUAUCCAAUAGUGCUGGAACUAAAGGAAAAUCAGCUAACAAGAAGAAAACAGAUGUAGCUUGAUAAAUUGUGCUGCCUGUUGACUUAUUGAUGUUGUAAGAUAAGUUUUGUAAG